AUGGAUCCCCCUCAGCAACCAGCCACGCCUUCGAAGCAACUGUCUACUCUGGACCUGGGCUUGACACCCACUAAGCGCCCACGCGAUACGACAGUCGAUAGCUCUUCGCCGGCUUCUGUGUUUGAUGACUGUCCAUCGAGUGAGACCUUCUCGAUCUUUGGUGGUAGUCCGCUGCCUCGAAGCACUCCCUCGCCACUUUUGCAACGACAAAAGUCAGUGACGGGCCGCUCUCUCACGGCACCUCCUGGCAAAAGGGCCAAACGUGCUGGGAGUUCUAAGAAGUCUAAAUCCCUUCCCUUCCUACCCAACGAACUAUGGGACAUGAUAGUGGAUUUUCUAGUUGACGAGAAACCACGAGAGCACGUUGAUAUCUUCCAUGAUAACGGUCACGAGGAGCCCCAAUUUCAAGAGACCUUGUCAAGCAUGCGACUUGUGUGCCAUGCCUGGAACAGGGCAAUCGCUCCGCACGUAUUCAAACGACUCUCCGCCAUAAUUGGUCGCACAUUUAAUCCACUUGAUGUGGUGUUUGAGGCUUCUCAGACCCAAUGGGCUCCAUCCGUGCGUGAAUUUCGCCUCGGAGUCGUGGGACCAUGGCACCCCGUGAAAGAAUACGAAAGAUACAUCACGAAUCUAGUGAACGGUGGUCUCGCGGUUCUUCUCACUCGUUUCCCAAACCUCCGCACCUUGCAACUUCAAUCACCCACCGUGAUAGCGCCAUAUACCCCUGAAUGCCAAAUCACAGGAGCUUUACUUGCCGGCCUUACGAACUCUCUUGUUCAUUCUUUGCGCUUCGUCCCAUUGUCGAACCUGAGAUGCUUGCAUCUUACCUUGCCUGUCACCGCAGAGUUUGCUCGUUUCUUCAAAUCGGAUAGCUUUGCCAUACAUUUCGGUGAGCUCAUGUCGGACCUCGAGGAGCUGCACCUGGUCAUCAACGAUGACAGCGGAAAGGACUCCUUCCGUGACCUUUACCACCCUCGCUCCGUGGUCAAAGCUAGAUACCCACAACAAGACUACUGUGUUUAUUUCACGAACUUCAUCCACUACGCGAAGAACGUCAAGAUCCUCAGCAUCGACACCCGUGCUCCCCUGGACGUGAGCAAUUUAGACGCCUCUUCUAUGACGAAACUCAAGUCUUUCAGAUUGGCGCGCGUUGAAAUAAGGUGGGAAACACUGAGAGAUAUUUUCCAAGCGUGCAAAGACACGAUCACUCGACUUGAGUUCGAAGUGGUGAGACUCAAGUCGGGAACCUGGGCGGAUGUUUUCGGUCUGGAAACUACCAGUCUUAGGAAUCUCGAGUUCUUCCAUUGUGCCCGCGGCACGUAUGCGAGCAAAGGCGAAAGCGCUUCGUUUCUUGGAUUCACUUUCACGCCCGGGACGACGGCCGAUCUUGAGACUCUGAACCGCGAGGAUUGGCUUAAACUCUCCCACAUUAAGUGGAGGGUGAGUCGGAAUCGGCGUGCUAAGGGCCUUGAAGAGUGUGUUCAUACUAAAUAUCAUUAA